AUUGUAAUACUGUAGCAGUGUACUGUAGGUACAGCUAUCCAUGUUUUUAUGAGUUUAAACUGUACACCAAAGUCAUGUUUUAUGUUCCUAUUUAUUAAAUAGGCUGCCAUAAUUUAUUAAAUAAUCAUACGUGUAUAUCUUUAUGAUUUCAAUUAACUUUAAUAGGACAGAAAACUAUCGAACGUAUUUUAUGUCUAAAACUACUAUAAAAAAACCUGAAAAAUAUAAUUUUUAUGAACUCUUUCUCUAAUUAUUUACAAUGUCACAAUUCAUAAACACAUUUAAGCAGUUUGAUGCCUAUGCAAAGACUUUGGAAGACUUUAGAGUGAAAACUGCAACAGGAGCAACAAUAACACUUUUAGGUGGUACAGUGAUGAUUUUGCUGAUUUUGUCAGAGCUACAUACUUACAUAUCUCCAAAUAUUUCGGAAGAAUUAUUUGUAGACACUUCUAGGGGUCACAAAAUGAGAAUAAAUUUUGAUAUAAUUGUUCCUAGGAUUUCAUGCAGCUAUUUAGUGUUAGAUGCUAUGGACUCUUCAGGAGAACAACACCUACAGGUGGAUCAUAAUAUAUACAAAAGAAGACUGGACCUACAUGGUAAUCCAAUUGAAGAACCUAAAAAGGAAGAAUUAGUUACAACUCCUAAGGCUAAAAAGAAUUCCUCAGAUGUAGAAAUUUAUAAAUGUGGAAGUUGUUAUGGCGCUGCUCUAAAUGAAUCUCAAUGCUGUAAUACAUGUGAAGAUGUCAAGGAAGCGUAUAAACUGCGUAAAUGGGCUCUCCCAGAUCUUGCUACGAUUGAACAAUGUAAAGAUGAUGAAUCCCUUGAAAAGGCAAAUCUGGCACUUAAAGAAGGAUGUCAGUUAUAUGGCUACAUGGAAAUCAAUAGGGUUGGAGGAAGUUUUCACAUAGCUCCCGGAAAAAGUUUUACAAUCAACCACAUUCAUGUUCAUGAUGUGCAACCGUAUUCAUCAUCAGUUUUCAAUACAACUCAUAUUAUAAGACACCUAAGUUUUGGUACUGAUAUUAAAAAAGCAAACACUGCACCAUUGGAUGGAGUUAUAGGCUUAGCCAAAGAAGGUGCUGUGAUGUUUCAGUAUUACAUUAAAGUUGUGCCCACAAUGUACGUUACUUUAGAUAAUACUGUACUACACACAAAUCAAUUUUCUGUAACUCGCCAUCAGAAAUCAGUUUCAAAUAUUAAUUCUGAAUCUGGAAUGCCGGGUGCUUUUUUCAAUUAUGAACUAUCACCAUUGAUGGUCAAAUAUACAGAAAAAGAAAGGUCAAUUGGUCACUUUGCAACUAAUGUGUGUGCAAUAAUUGGAGGUGUUUUCACAAUAGCUGGGAUUCUGGAUACAUUGCUUUAUCAUUCACUGAAUGCAUUACAAAACAAAGUUAUGUUAGGGAAGUCUGGCUAAACUUGUGUUUUUAAGAAUAUGUUAAAAUCAUCAACAUUGCACUUGGCAAACUUUGUGCAAAAAUCUAUAUCUGUUCCCUCACAAAGUGCCAUCAAAGGGACAUAGUUUUCUUUAGCUGGAUUGUAUUGAGAUCUUCCUAAUUUAUCCAAAAAUUCAUGCCUCUGCUUAACUCUAAAAUUUCUGCUCAAUAAUAUAUCAGGAUGCUGUAGUAUUCUUUCAUGUGGUAUGUUCAUAAUAUUAUGUAUAUAGUUAAACCUUUGAAAAAGUGACCUUUGAUCUGAAAUCAAAUAGUGAAUUGAAUAAACUUGUAUUUAUAUAAAAAUCUAUGAAA